AUGGCUUUGACAUCGUGGAAAGCCUUUCGUUUCUUCGAUGUCUCCCACGUCCGCCUCCCAGACGGUGAUGGAGGCCUGAAGCUUGAUCAAGGGAGCAUCACCUCCAUUGCGGCUGGGACAGCUAACAUCUUUGUCGGGACUGCGAGUGGGAACGUGCAUCUCCUGGAUCAGUCAUUUAAGUCGACGCGGUCCUGGAAAGCUCACGAUGCAGGAAGCGUCACACACAUCGAGCAGAUUCCCGAACUACAGUAUCUGCUCACCCUAUCCGAGACUCUUACUGAAGAACCUGAGUUGAAAGUCUGGACACUGGAUCAAAACGACAAAAAGACUGGCAACCCAAGAUGUCUUUGCAGUCUCGCAGUGCAGAAUGGCAGGAAGAACUUUCCUGUCAGCGCAUUUACUGCUACUAGUGACCUUGCACAGCUCGCUGUGGGAUUUGGUAAUGGUGCGGUAACCAUUGUCAGAGGCGACUUGAUUCACGAUCGAGGAACCAAACAGCGGACUGUUUUCGAAUCCGAGGAGCCCAUUACCGGUUUGGAAUUUCGAGAAGCCAACACUACCGCCCUCUACAUUGCCACGACUAACCGUAUCCUGGCUCUCGCAAUAUCCGGGAAAGCACAAGGUACUCCUGCUCGUACACUGGACGAGAAUGGCUGUGCUGUAGGCUGCAUGACGUUGGACCCUCAAUCCAAUGAGAUUGUUGUCGCUCGUGAUGAUGCUAUCUACACAUAUGGGCCUCGGGGUAAGGCGAAUUCAUAUGCUUACGAGGGCUCGAAGAAGCUCGUCGGUGUCAGCAAGGAUUAUGUGUUGGUCGUCUCUCCACCAGCCAGCAACAUCGGCCGCGCCACGGGUCUUAAAGCCUUUGCAGGCACCAGAGCCGAUGAGAUCUUCAACACCAGCACUUUCACCAUUCUGGACACUGAUCUAAAAUUCAUUGCUCACUCCGAGUCUGUUUCAAACCAGAUCAACCACAUAUUCAACAUCUGGGGCGACAUCUUUCUUCUCACCAUCGAUGGCAAGCUUUACCGAUACCACGAAAAGACUUUCCAGCAAAAGUUGGAGAUUCUAUACCAAUACAACUACUACCUCUUAGCCAUCGAACUCGCUCGGAAGUACAAGGUUGAGGCCGUGCAGCAGAACGUCAUUCACCGAAGAUGGGGUGAUUGGCUGUAUCAAAAGGGAGAUUAUGACACCGCCAUGCAGCAGUAUUUACUCGCCAUCGACAAUACGGAGCCCYCACAGAUUAUCCGAAAGUUCUUGGACAAUCAGAGAAUACGGAAUCUGAUUGAGUAUCUCGAGGAGCUUCACGAACACCACAAAGCAACUUCCGAUCACACUACGCUGUUGUUGAAUUGCUAUGCGAAAUUGAAGGAUGUCGACAAGUUGGAGGAGUUCAUCAAACAGCCCGGUGAGCUCAAAUUUGACCUGGACACUGCCAUCUUGAUGUGUAGGCAGGGCGGGUAUUACGACCAGGCGGCGUUUCUAGCGAGGAGGCAUGAUGAACACAGUCUAGUCAUUGACAUCCUUAUCGAAGACUUGAAGAAGUAUGCCGAAGCACUGGCGUACAUUGUCCGUCUGGAGCCAAAGGAAGCAUAUCCAAACUUGAUGAAGUAUGGCACUGUUCUGCUUGCACACUGUCCAGAGGACACAACCCAGCUGUUCAUCGACUACUUCACCGGCAACUUCAAACCAAAGGCUGAUGCGGUGGUGAUUCAAGAAGUUCCAGCGACGCAGCAGCAGGGUGGAUUUGGAACAAUGGCAACCACUGCUGCACAGAACCUCGCUGCCCUCAUCCCACUACCAUAUAUGAGUACAACUACUCCACAGACUCCAAAGGAUGAAUCACAGCCGACUGUGAGCCAAGCACAGGUGGUGGAAAGCAUGACUGAGGGCGAAUUCAUCGAGUACGAGGUUCCCAAACCCCGCGUUGCAUUCUCGGCAUUCAUCGAUCACCCAGAUCCAUUCAUCGUCUUCCUGGAAGCCGUAGUCGGCGAAAGUGGCAUUGAAGCUGCCAACAAGUCUGACUUGCAUACCACUCUCUUUGAGAUGUACCUCCACAAGGCCAGCAAUACGAAGGAUGCAGAAGAAAAGUCUUCUUGGGAGCAUAAGGCGAAGUCUCUGAUCGAGAAUCCAGACGCAGACGCGCCGAUUGACACCUCCAACAUCCUUUUGUUGUCAGAUCUUGAAAAGUUUCGGUCAGGAACCAUCCUUGUGAGCGAGAAACAAGGACUGCGCUUUGAURUGUUCCGCUCAUAUACAGCCGCUCGCGACACUGCAGGCGCCAUCUCUGCGCUGCGAAAGUACGGCGCUGAUGAGCCUCAGCUUUACCCAGCCGCAUUAGCAUACUUUACAUCCUCUCCGCAAAUCCUCGCUGAAGCUGGGGAUGAAGUCGAUGCCGUUUUGAAGAAGAUCGACGACGAUGGACUCAUGGCUCCACUGCAGGUCAUUCAAACUCUGUCCAACAAUGCAGUCGCAACGAUGGGCCUCGUGAAGAAGUUCCUCCUUACAACAGUCUCUCGAGAACGCAGCGAAGUUGCGGCGAAUCGACGACUCAUCUCCUCAUACCGCUCAGAUACCUUGCAGAAGCAGACCGAGCUAGAAGAACUCGGCGACAAACCCGUCAGUUUCAGCGCGACGCGUUGCGCAAAAUGUGGGAGGACAUUGGAUUUGCCCACGGUGCAUUUCUUGUGCAAGCAUAGUUUCYAUCAGAGUUGUUUGAAUCUGCCACCUACGACGAGCGAUGAUGAGAUUCAAGACGCGAAUGAGGUCGAGUGUCCAGUUUGUAGGGAGAAUAACUAUCUCUUGAGGGAAACGAGGAAGGCGCAGAAGGAGAGUGCGGGACGGCAUGAGUUAUUUGUCGAGAGUUUGAGGGGGAGUGAGAGAGAUCGGUUUGGGGUUGUUGGAGAGUGGUUUGGGAGGGGUGUCAUGGGGGAGUAG